AUGAAAGAAGCCCCAACACAACUCGCGGAUGGGGAACGAACAGCUCUGUCAAUCGAUGACAUCGAUCGACUUGCCGCACUAUACGCAAAACAACGCACCACCGUCUGUUCCCUGAAGGCCGACGGCCAUGAAAUAGUCAAGUUACCCGAAGGUAACUAUGGCCACGCGGUCCUGGCCCAGGACACGGCUCAAGUAGUUGUCACAAUUCUUGGGAAGAUCGUGUCGAUUGAUCGAUCCCUCAACAGGGAUGCCUCCGUGUAGUAAGUAACGAACAGAAAAACGUUUAGGGGAGCAGCCCAUUGAUAUACCUUCAUGAUGUCAACCAACCACCCAUUCAGCCUCAGAGAUGCAGACAUCGAACGGGUGGGCCGACCCGAACUGUUCUCCAGACAAAUCGGCCUCGAGCUCGCAACACCCGAAGCGAAUACGGGACAAAUUUUCUCAAGAAAUGGCUGCAGCAUGCAGCAUAGCUUGAUUCGAGCAAGUAGCUUCAUGAACUGUGCUCUAUCUUGAGAAAAUUUGUCCCGUAUUCGCUUCGGGUGUUGCGAGCUCGAGGCCGAUUUGUCUGGAGAACAGUUCGGGUCGGCCCACCCGUUCGAUGCUGCAGCAUAGCUUGAUUCGAGCAAGUAGCUUCAUGAACUGUGCUGCAGCCACUCGAAUCCGUAGCAAUGUGCCUCUCGGAAGCGCCCGAGUGCCUGGUCCACCUCGCGGUGGGCUGCCCUUUUUGCCCAUCGUCUCUGGUCUGCUCUGUCCCCGACUCCACACCCCGUCUUCGUGGACUUCGUGUGUCCAGCCGUGUCUCGCUCGGAACGUCGACUUGUCGAACUACGAGUCCUCUUCUUCCACUCGAUCUGGAAGCUCUGUCGCCGCCGCCGAUUCUCGUCAGAUCCUUUGGAACCGAUCACCGAAACGGGAAUUCGAGGAGCUUCGAGCGUCUAUCCAGGAGUCCAAGGGUCGCCUUGUGUCUCUGUAAGCCACCCAAGGGGGUUUUAGUAGGUAUGGUUGAUCCUGAUGCAGGGUCAAUGA